AUGUCGGACGCCCCUCAAGCUCUUCUUAUCGUCCUCAUCACCAUCCUCUUACCACCGGUCGGCGUCUACCUAGUUGCCGGCUGCGGAUUCGACCUCUUCGUCAACAUCUGCCUCACUCUUCUGGGCUAUAUUCCGGGCCACAUCCACGCGUUUUAUCUCGAAUACGUCUAUUUCGACCGCCGAGACCGCGCGAGACAUGGCCAACUCACAGGUCGUCCUGCGCCGGGGGUCUAUUCGGACCGAGUCCAGAAUGGUGGAUUUCAAGGCUAUGGGACGAUGUAA